CCUCAUUUCUCCUUCCCAAUCCACUCUUCCCUUCUUUUUCCCACCCACCCUAGCAUUUUAGUGGAAGAUCAUACUAGUCCGUAGUCCGUAGCGCGCUCACCUGAUGAUGUCGCCGUGGGUGCGUUCGUGUUGCUUAGCUUCUCUGGCGCUGGCCGUUUGGGCUGUUUUCGCGGUGGAGAAGCACCGGCCGCGUCUAAUGCAAGUGCGACGUAGUCGACCUGACCUGAUCAAAGAAGACAAUGGUUAUAAAAACCCGGACAGCCCAGUCUGGCUGGUUCACGCUUUUGCUUGUUAUUCACUAGUAUCACAGUCUCUCUUGGAUAAAAGAACCCUUGCAGACUAUUGAUUUACUUAAACUCUCUCUCACUCUCACUCUUUCUUUCAUCGCGUCUUCACCGUUGUAUAUACUUUCUUAUUUUCCUUCUCUUGACUUCACAAU